AUGGCCCCGGCUGCCGUCCUCGAGAAGGCCGAGGAGGACCAGCUGAACGAUGACAGACUGCGGUCGACCGAGUGUGUUGACCGCCUGACGCUGCUCCGCAGCAUGCCCGAGGCGCCCCUCGAGUGCCAAGUAUGUGUUGUCGGCGCGGGUCCCGCCGGCCUCAUGUUGGCCUGCAACUUGGGUCGCUGGGGUAUCAAUGUGGAGGUUGUUGACGACAGGGCAGAUCAAACACCAGUGGGAAGGGCCGAUGGGCUGCAGCCAAAAACAAUCGAGACAUUUCGGCAGAUGCGCCUGGCAGAUCCUCUGCUGCAACGCGGUGUCCGGGUCUACGACAUAUCCUUCUGGCGCAGUACCGCCGACGAGCCGCUCCGGCGCCUGGGCCGCGAGAUUCACUACCCGCCCAUCAUCGAUGUGUUGGACCCCUAUCUCUUGCUUGUACACCAGGGCGUGAUUGAGAGUCUGUUUAUUGAGGACCUCAAGAAACGCGGCAUCAAGGUGCGGCGGAACACCGCUUUUGAUUCGUACAGUGUUUGCGACAACAAGGCCGGUCCGCUCCAGAUCAAUUGCCGUGCGAACGUGACGCAGGACCGGAAGACGGUGCUCGCCCAGUACCUAGUUGGCUGCGACGGCGCGCACUCUAGGGUCAGGAAGAGCAUCCCUGACGCUAAGCCCGUCGGCAUGUCUCAGCCUUCCGUCUGGGGUGUUCUGGACGGGGAAUUGGAGACCAAUUUUCCGGAUAUCUGGUCCAAGUCGCUGGUGUACUCUCAAGAACUUGGCUCUAUCCUGAUCAUCCCGCGCGAGCGCAACAUGACUCGCUUCUACAUCGAGCUCAAGGGCGGGCCGAAAGCCGACAAGACUCAAUUCGGCCAGGAGUUCGUCAUGCAGCGCGCCAGGGAAAUCAUGGCCCCGUUCGAGGUGGGUUGGAAGUACAUCGAGUGGUUCGGCCGUUAUCAGAUCGGCCAAAGGGUGGCGAGUCGCUUCUGCGACAACCACCUGCGGGCGUUCCUUGCCGGGGAUGCCAGCCAUACACACUCGCCAAAAGCCGCCCAAGGCAUGAACACUUCGAUGCACGACGCAUGGAAUCUGUGCUGGAAACUUAACCUGGCCGUCCGGGGUCUCGCAAAGGAGUCGUUGCUUCAGAGCUACGAAGAGGAGCGCCGGAAGAUUGCCCUCGACCUGGUCAACUUUGACUACGAACACGCAAACCAGAUCGCCGGCGGCGACUCGGCGGCUCUCGCCGAGAACUUCAAGACGAAUGUGCGCUUCAUCUCGGGCAUUGGGGUAGAGUACGGCGAGAACGCCAUCAACAUGAUGGAGCCUCAAUCCUGGGUCAUGGGCGAGGCCAAGCCGGGGUGUCUCCUGCCGCCUGCCAAGGUCACGCGCUAUCUCGACUCCAACCCCGUCGACGUUCAGCUCGACAUUCCCAUGCUGGGCCAGUUCCGCAUCUACCUCCUCAUGUGGGACGUGCACCAGUCGCACAUCUUCCUCGACACCUUCUGCCAGGCCAUCGCUUCGAAGGAUUCGCUCGUAAGCCAGCUCUCGGCGGCCGCGAGCAUCUCGUACGCCAAACAGCCCCGCACCCCUGCUCCCGAGGACAUCUACCUCCGUCCUGAGCGGUACACUGCCGUCAGCCACCUGUUCACAUUUGCUCUAAUCACCACCAUGCCCAAGGAUGAAAUCGAAAUCACAGACCUCCCCGCCCUCUUCCAGGACAGCCGCUGGACUUUUUACCUCGACGACGUGCCGCAGCUCGACACGCGGGCCUCGCUCUGCACAAACAAGUGGCUCGGCAGCCUGGGGCCGGGCGAGGUGGCCAUUGUCAAUGUGCGCCCGGACGGCUACGUCGGCUCCAUUGGCCGCUGGGACUCGAGUAUCGACGACGCUGGGGAGGACGCCGCUAGGUGGCUUGACUCGUACUAUGAUCGUUUUCUGCAGGUUCCAGCUCCGUCCGCCUCCCCUUCCGGGACUGGAGUUGGAGGCGGAGGGGGGCUUUCUUGA